CUGGUCAGCGAGAAGGUCGGAGGGGCCGAAGGGACCAAGUUAGAUGAUGACUUCAAGGAGAUGGAAAAGAAAGUGGACGUGACCAGCAAGGCUGUCACAGAAGUCCUGACCAGAACCAUAGAGUACCUCCAGCCCAACCCAGCUUCCAGAGCCAAGCUCACCAUGCUCAACACCAUGUCCAAGAUCCGCGGGCAGGUGAAGAACCCCGGCUACCCCCAGUCCGAGGGGCUGCUGGGGGAGUGCAUGAUCCGCUAUGGGAAGGAGCUGGGAGAGGAUUCCAACUUUGGGGACGCGCUCCUGGACGCCGGCGAAUCCAUGAAGCGCCUGGCGGAGGUGAAGGACUCGCUGGACAUCGAGGUCAAACAGAACUUCAUUGAUCCCCUGCAGAACCUGUGUGACAAGGACCUGAAGGAGAUCCAGCACCACCUCAAGAAGCUGGAGGGGAGGCGCCUGGACUUCGACUACAAGAAGAAGCGGCAGGGCAAGAUCCCCGAUGAGGAGCUGCGCCAGGCCAUGGAGAAGUUUGAGGAGUCCAAGGAAGUGGCAGAGACCAGCAUGCACAACCUCCUGGAGACAGAUAUCGAGCAGGUGAGCCAGCUGUCAGCCCUGGUGGAUGCCCAGCUGGAUUACCACAGGCAGGCCGUGCAGAUCCUGGACGAGCUGGCCGAGAAGCUCAAGCGCAGGAUGAGGGAGGCCUCCUCCCGUCCCAAGAGGGAAUACAAACCCAAGCCCAGGGAGACCUACGACUUCAGGGAGCCUGACCAGUCCAACGGGGGCUUCUCCUGCAACCCCACCCCCAAAGCCUCAGCAGCUUCCACCUCUUUCCGGUCGGACAAGCCGUCCCGGGCCUCCGUCAGGAGUAUCCGUGAGUUUCCUCCCUCUGCACUGCUCCCUGUGUGUCCCCCCCUGGCUGCUCCUCCCUGCUGCUGCUGCUCCUUGGAGCUGCUCAUCCCCCUGUGCUGAGCCUGAGCCGAGCCCUGAAUUAACCCAGCCAUGCCCCAGUGAGAUUUUUUGGGGGUUUUGCACCUCCAAAAAU